UGGUCGUGAGGCGGCGGGGCUCGUUAACGGCGCGGUUGGUCCCGUUCCCCCCCUGCCUGCUCUGCUGCCAUGGCCUCCGUCCGGGCACCGGCGGCGCGCGGUGGCGCCCGCCCCGCCGUGCGGGCCCCCGCACCUGCGGAGGCCACAAAGAGCAAACCUGCAGAGGAGGGCGAUGCACCCCCGCCCAAGAGAGCCCCCAUCUUCUAUGGCAGUUUGGAAGAGAAGGAGAGGGAGCGUCUGGCAAAAGGCGAAUCGGGGCUGCUGGGAAAGGAGGGGAUGAAGGCUGCGAUGGAGGCUGGCAACAUCAACAUCAGCAGUGGUGAGGUCUUUGACCUGGAGGACCACAUGAGCGAGCGGCAGGCGGAGGUGCUGGCGGAGUUUGAGCGCAGGAAGAGAGCCCGGCAGAUCAACGUGUCCACUGAUGACUCGGAAGUGAAAGCCUGUUUGCGAGCCCUCGGGGAGCCCAUCACGCUCUUUGGAGAAGGUCCUGCAGAAAGGAGGGAGAGAUUAAGAAAUAUCCUUUCGGUGGUUGGCACAGAUGCAUUAAAAAAGACCAGGAAAGAUGACGACAGGUCAAAAAAAUCCAAAGAAGAGUAUCAGCAAACCUGGUACCACGAAGGACCACGCAGUCUGAAAACGGCGAGGCUGUGGCUUGCGAACUACUCCCUCCCCAGGGCAGCGAAGCGGUUAGAAGAAGCCCGGCUGCUCAAAGAGAUUCCAGAGGCGACCAGGACAUCGCAGAGACAGGAGCUACACAAAUCCCUGCGAUCCUUGAAUAACUUCUGCAGUCAGAUUGGAGACGAUCGCCCGCUGUCCUACUGCCACUUCAGCCCCAACUCCAAACUCCUCGCUACGGCCUGUUGGAGUGGGUUGUGCAAGCUCUGGUCCGUGCCCGACUGCAACCUUGUCCACACCUUACGAGGACAUAACACCAACGUGGGAGCAAUAGUCUUCCAUCCCAAAGCCACCAUCUCCCUGGACAAGAAGGACGUGAAUCUGGCCUCCUGCGCGGCCGACGGGUCUGUCAAACUCUGGAGCCUCGAAAGUGAUGAGCCGGUGGCAGACAUCGAAGGACACAGCAUGCGAGUGUCCCGUGUGAUGUGGCACCCGUCUGGGAGGUUCCUGGGCACCACCUGCUACGAUCACUCGUGGCGCUUGUGGGACUUGGAAGCUCAGGAAGAGAUUCUCCAUCAGGAGGGGCACAGCAAAGGGGUCUAUGACAUUGCCUUCCACACGGACGGGUCUCUCGCUGGCACGGGAGGCCUGGAUGCCUUUGGCCGGGUGUGGGACUUGCGCACGGGACGCUGCAUCAUGUUUCUAGAAGGCCACCUGAAGGAGAUCUACGGGGUGAACUUCUCCCCAAACGGGUACCACGUGGCCACGGGCAGCGGUGACAACACUUGCAAGGUGUGGGACCUCCGCCAGAGGAAGUGCAUCUACACCAUCCCUGCCCAUCAGAACCUGGUCACGGGGGUCAAAUUUGAACCCAAUCACGGCAACUUCCUGCUCACGGGCGCCUACGACAACACGGCAAAGAUCUGGACUCACCCCGGCUGGUCCCCGCUGAAGACGCUGGCGGGACACGAGGGGAAGGUGAUGGGGCUGGACAUCUCCCUGGACGGGCAGCUCAUCGCCACCUGCUCCUACGACAGAACCUUCAAGCUCUGGACAGCAGAGUAGCUCAGAGGUGCUGCUGCUGAACUGCAACAGAAGCGUUAAUGGCUUUCAACUAAGACUUGCUUUUUUUUUUUUUAUAUUAAAGGAAGAAAAAAAAAAGGAAUGGACUAUUGGAACACACAUUACUGCAGCUGCAGCCACUGCCUGGUCUUGGGCUGAGGUGGUUUUGAAGCACCUGUAUUGGCCAGGGCUCAGCUGGAGACACAUCUUGGGUGAUGUUUUUCCACUUUUUUUGUUUUGAUACUGCAGACACCGCUCUCUGCUGUGAGUUGGAGAUGAUCCAUCUCCAAAUGGAUCCAAAUGAUCCGUCUCCAAAUGGCUGCUUCCCACCUCCCUUCCAAGCCAGGCUCCCAGGCUUCCUCCAGCCUCUUGUGAACAUUUGUAGGUGGCCACGGAGCACCUCGGGUGUGCUGUGUUCAGCUUCUGCUGACACCCUUCUUCCCUUCCAUGUUCCAGGAGUCUUUGGUAGGAGUCUGUAGCUUCAAACAUGAUUUGUGUUUAAAGAAGAAAAAGGAGCUGUGAGAGGUAGAGGAAGCCCGUUUGCAGAGGGGGUGUGAGCGUGGGGGCUGUACCCCUUUGUGUUCACUCACGGGGGACAUUAAAGGCCGGGGAAAUUGUCUGUUCCAUGAACCACCAUGAAGUGACUGUUUCAAAUCCACGUUCAGCUUCUGUGUCUCACCUGAAGUGACAGGAAGGCGGCUGUUUCAGUGUAGGAUUGUCCUGUUCUAACUUCCACCCUGGGGAGCUUUCUGCUUUGUUGUUUAUUUUAUAAAUUGAGGUUUUGCAAA